AUGCCAUCCCACGCGACCCACGGCAGAGCCCUUGCUUCUUUAGAAGGCAUCUCUGCUGACAACUCGGAUCUUGAGCCGUCGCAGAUAACCGAGGUUGUCAGUCGCAAUGAUGACUUCAAGGGUAAAUCGCCUACUCAGGCCCUUGAAACCCCUGACACAGCAUCCAUGAGCACCAUCGAGCUAUCUCUGGAUCUUGGUGCCUUGGAUCCGACCUUUCGAACAACGGAAUAUGUGCGAUCAAAGGGGAUCCAAGGGCUUUUAGAGCCUGCCGUACCUACGGCCAUCGACCAAAAGUAUCAAUCACCAUUCUCAUGGUCGCUAAAAAAGAAGACAACGGUCCUAUUCGGAACCUUCAUCGCCUCCACACUCUCAGCCUAUUCUUCAGGCGCCUAUGCCAUGGCUGCAGACCCCUUGACCCAGGAAUGGAACAUCUCGAACACGGAGUUCAAUCUGGGAAUCACACUGUUCGUUCUAGGCUUUGGAUUUUCGCCUAUGGUGCUCGCUUUGAUUAGCGAGAUUUGCGGCCGAUACUGGGUAUUUGUUGGUUCCGGAGUGGUCUUCUUCCUCGGAACGCUGGGCUGCGCCGUUACUACCUCCUUUCCUGGGAUGCUGGUGUCAAGGCUCGUCACUGGAAACGGCGCGGCUGUGUUUGCGACGCUAACUGGAGGCGUGGUUGGAGAUGUCUUCCACAAGGAAAACCGAAACACCCCAAUGGCAUUGUACUCGUUGACAAUUCAGCUCGGCACUGGUCUUGGACCAUUGAUUAGUGGAAUCAUUGUUGACCAUCUGCAUUGGAGGUGGAUAUUUUAUCUUCAAAUGAUUACUGUCGGCUCAACUACCCUGGCGAUAUUUUUCUUCUUUGAUGAAACCAGAAGCAAUGUCCUAUUACAGAGGAAAUGCGGUGCUCUCAAUAAGCACUUUGAAAACCUUCAGUUACGAACUACAACAUCAAUCAAAGCAACCGAUCAGCAAGUGGUUCAGCAAGAGAUUAAGUUGAAUGAUAUUGAUGCGUCCUGGGUCAUCGUUCAGUUUCAAGCACAUACCGAAAGCCCAGAACUUAACCUUACCAUCGUUUGGCGGAGCUUCACCUUUCCUCUAAAACUCCUCUUCACUGAAUCGGUUGUAUUCUGGUUCUCGGCUUGGGUUUCCUUUGCUUGGGCAAUUCUCUAUAUGCAGUUCAAUAGUAUCGGGCUCGCCUUCCGGAGUAACUACAACUUCAAUAGCAGCCAGGUUGGCGGCGUUUUCGCAGCUGUCAUUGUUGGUGCAGUUUUGGGAGCAGUCAUAACGAUCUUUCAGGAUCCCAUAUUUAGGAAGAUGAUGCCUCGACGUAUGGCUACCCCGGAAGGACGACUGUACUCGGCAUGCAUUGAAUCAUUAUUCUUACCCAUCGGUUUGUUUUGGUUUGGCUGGAGUUCGUCGCCGAAUACCCCAUGGAUAGUCCCUGCACUGUCUAUUGUAUUUGUAACGGUUGGUAUAUUCACCAUUUAUCUGGCUGUAUUCAACUACCUCGCCGACAUCUACCAUCGUUACGCGUCUUCUGCACUUGCAGCUCAGUCAAUGUGUCGGAAUCUGUUGGCCGGUGUUUUCCCACUGUUCAUAAACAUCGUUUUUCAAAGGCUUGGAUAUGGAGCUGCUGGAAGCCUUCUUGGCGGCAUCGGCUUGCUUUUAUCCUUGGUUCCAUGGUUGCUUUGCAUUUUUGGAGAAAAGAUUCGAGCACGAAGCCCCUUUGCCGGCCAACUCAAAGCAGAUUGA